AUGAAGUCAACCCAGGUGACAAUUCCAAGUUUUGUGAAACAGGCUGAAGUGAUAACAUCUGCUAUCACUGAGGUUCUUAACGACAGUUUGGAAAAUGUUGCUGAUACGUUUGCAUCAAAAGCUGAUAUGCAGAAAACAGUGAUUCUUCAGGAAGCACAUCUUCGGAAGUUUAAAUCUGAAGUACAGAGUUCACAGGAGCAUCACUUUUCAAUGUUGCAACGUGAGACUGAAAAGCUAAGAACUGACAUAGACAAAAUGAAAAGUGAACUGAGGUAUGAGAUUGACAAGUUCCCCGCAGACACAAUUGAAGAAAGGUUCAAGGAGGUUAUGAAUUCUAAUGAGGCUAUAAAAUCUGAAAGAGGUGUGAAAUCGGUGGAUAGAGAUUGGAAGGUGAGGAAACUAACUAUACAUACGCUGGAAUUUCUAGGGCUUCCCACCGGAGUUUGGCCUACCGGAGGUGGAUUUGACCGGGCCGGAGAGGGGAUUGUGAUCGGAUUUUCCAUACCAUCCGACCUUUGA